UGGGACAAUAGUGUUGUGUAUUAGCGUCUCCCACAGGAGGGUGUGAAACAGCUGUGAGCCAAUCGAGAGCCAGAGGCGGGGCUUCUGGGAGGACCAGUGCUCAUUGGUCAGCAGAUGGGCUCAUUUGCAUAAACCAUGACCUAUAUGUGAUAGGUGUGAGCUGGAAACUCCAGAGUCAAGCAGGAGUGAAGAUCACGACGGACACUUUUAUUCUCGCUUUUCUUUUUAAGAAAUAGUCUAAUUAAUUAAAACAGUCUUUUUAGGACUAUUUCUGAAAUAGUCACGGAUUUUUGUUUGGCGUUUGCAGACAUGAAGUUCUUCUCUUACUUCACGCUUCUCUGCAUGAUUUGCAACGGCUUCUGCACAACAACAAAGUACUUUACAUUUGAGGAAGAUGCUCCAGGCACAGAGAUCGGAAACCUUUCCCAAGACUUGAAAAUAGAUCCAGAAGAGGAUCCCGAGACGUCAUUCAAGUUCAUCCAGAAGACGAACUCCAUAAUCCACAUGAGGAAAGCCGACGGGCUUCUAACGGUGGGAGAGGUCAUCGACCGAGAGCAGCUGUGUCACCGAUCCCCACAGUGCCUCGUAACGUUUGACGUCGUCGCCUUUUCGAAGGAGAAAUUUCAGCUCAUCCACGUCGAGAUCGAGGUCAAAGACAUUAACGACCACUCGCCCCGGUUCACACGCAACGAAACGCAUUUGGACGUAUCGGAAGAUUCGCCGCUAAACUCGCGUUUCCCUCUGGACGUCGCCGUGGAUCUCGAUGUCGGAGACAACUACGUUCAGAGCUACUAUAUUUCACACACUAACAAUUUCGUGGUCGAGGUCAGCACUCGUGAGGACGGGGCGAAGUCAGCCGAGCUCGUGCUGAUUAAAGCGCUCGAUCGGGAGACGGAAGAGUUUUACACGAUCGAGGUCACGGCGACCGACGGCGGGAGUCCGGCCAAAUCCGGCGAAACCACCGUUUACAUACGAGUUCUGGACUCUAACGACAACAGCCCGACGUUCGAGCACAACUCGCUUAAAGUGGAGCUCAGCGAAGACGCUCCCGUGGGAUCCCGAGUGCUGAAGGUGCACGCCUUCGACCCCGACGCCGGGAUCAACGGAGAAGUCGUGUACGGGUUCGUGGAGGGCUCGCCGACUGACGUCACGCGUGUUUUCCAGAUCGAUCUGAUCUCAGGAGAAGUGACUCUCAGAGACACAGUCGACUACGAGAGCAAGAAAUCCUACGAGUUGCACAUUCAAGCUUCGGAUUUGGGAAGCAAUUCCAUUUCAUCGACAUGCCGAGCAAUCGUCGACAUCCUAGACGUGAACGAUAACGCGCCGGAGAUUAGCAUUAAACCGAUGACUUCCACUAGCGACGGAGUGGCGUUUAUAACCGAAGCCGCGGCGGAGGAGAGUUUCGUGGCGUUGAUUAGCACAUCCGACGGAGACUCGGGUCCGAACGGAUACGUGCGCACAACUUUACAAGGACACGAGCAUUUCAAGCUAACGCAAGCGUACAGCGACACCUUCAUGAUCGUUACGACCACGACUUUAGACCGGGAAGCCAUUCCAGAAUACAACCUCACUGUGAUCUCCGAAGAUCUGGGAACGCCACCGUUUAAAACCGUCAAGCAUUAUACGAUACGCAUCACUGACGAGAACGACAACGCUCCCAUGUUCAGUAAAGCCUCGUACGACGUCUCUGUGAUUGAAAACAACAUUCCCGGAUCGUACAUGACCACGGUUGUGGCGCGGGAUCUCGACGUCGGGAAGAACGGAAAGGUUUUCUACAGUUUGAUCGACAGCAAAGCGCCGGAUGGUUCUCCGAUGUCUACCUUCGUGUCCGUGGAUCCGCACUCGGGAUCUUUAUACACGCUCAGAUCCUUCAACUUCGAGACUCUGAGAGAAGUCGAGUUCGCAGUCAAAGCUAGCGAUAAAGGUUUCCCGCCGCUAUCAAGCACGACUUUAAUACAAAUCCGCGUGGUUGACGAGAACGAUAACUUUCCGUAUUUUACGUAUCCAGUGUUACAGAAUGAUUCUGCUGAAAUCCCGAUUCCCUUUAACGCUCAGGCCGGCUAUUUAGCACUACGAGUGACCGCUAAAGACGACGACAGCGGCGCCAACAGCGAGCUCAGGUUUCACAUCCUAGAAGACGAAAAUCAACUUUUUUCCGUUGAUAAAAACACUGGCGAGAUCGUUUUAAAACGUCGACUUUCUUCAUCAUGUGGAGACGUCCUGCAAAUUACAGUUUCUGUGGUUGACGGUGGUCGAGAGCCGCUGACUAGCUUAGCAUCCGUGCGUUUCGUGGUCACAGACACUGGAGCUCAAGAAGAUCAGGUGGUUAUUCUACUCCGAUCGAAGGACGACGAGACUGUGGAGUUCGACGUGUGGACACUGCUAAUCGCUGGUUUCGCUGGAUGCUGUGUGUUGUUACUGGGAGCCAUUAGCGUGAUCACCGUUAGCUGUGCGAUCAAACGCCGGCGGAGGAGCUUCGGGAGAGACGGCCUGUACGGAUCCACUCCACUGUCCAAGAGCAACAACACCGGCUCUAACGUUUACAACGGCGCUAACGCUUUCCUCAGGAACGAGAGCGAAUCCAUGCAACCCUGUCUGUAUGAAGACAAGAGCCUGGACUUUGAGGAAAAGCUGUUCCUGCCAUGCAAACCUUUCGAACAAACAUUCUUAUGGCAAGAUGAAAAAUACUGUCUGCAAAGGAGCGGCGCCAGCACCACAGAUCAGCUGAGCGUGAAGGACAGUGGGAAAGGAGACAGUGACUGUAACGACAGCGACUCUGACUCCAGCGGAGCGGCUCUGAGGAGAAGCUUGACCACCUUCCAGCCGAUGGCCAGAGGGUCGUUUGGAGACUGGAGGAGUGGUGUAAUACAGACCCGUCACACACUCGCCCCCCCCGGCAGCGCAUACACCAUCGGCUUCUCACACACACCUCUUUACCACACCACUCAUCACCUCAACACACACCUCAACACACACCUCUCUGCCCGGCGCUGGAACGAAGGCCCGGGGAACAUGCAGAACCGGAGCAUGCAGACGUUCUCCCGCACCGGGACUCUGCCCUCGUACUCGGCCCAUCAGGAGAGGCGGAGCGUGUCUGGGGACCAGGCGCAGACGCUGACACGGGCGCAGACGCUGACACGGGCGCAGACGCAGACGCAGGCGCAGACGCAGACGCAGGCGCAGACUGAAGUCGCCACCAGCUUUUAG